AUGAGAGCAUUGACGAAGUAUGCUCCCAGACACGCUUCGUCAUUACGUGACUGGAAACACAUCUCCAACUUGACCUUAGCGGAUGACGAUCCGACUGGAUCAACUCCUAUUGACCUCAUUAUUGGAGCUGAUUUGUAUAGCAAGGUUCUUGUCAAUAUACGCAAUGGACCCAUAGGUCAACCAGACGCUAUACAAUCGCAUUUCGGGUGGAUUCUAUCUGGACCUACGUCAAUCCCUAAUCAUGUCAUACAAAACACCCAUGUAGUCGGCUCUACUUUGGUUUCAUCGCAUGUCGGAGCCCAACCUCAAGGCUCACCAUUACCCAGUUCACAACAAAGGUAUCAUGCAGUUGCUCACUGCUGCUCCUUGGAACGGCAAUUAUGUAAGUUUUGGGAGGUUGAAGAAACUCCUCAACAUGUUCAUGCGUCCAUAGAAGAUAAACAAUGCGAGGAUCACUUUCAACGCACGCAUACUAGAACAGCAGAUGGCAGAUAUGUCGUGCGACUCCCUUUUAAAGAGGGCCCGCCUAUUAAAAUAGGCGACUCUCGCAGCAUAGCUGAACGCCGACUUUCGUCGCUAAUUCGUAAAUUUGCUCGUCAACCCACACUGGCACAAGAAUAUUUGGACUUCAUGCGCGAAUAUGAGCAAUUAAAUCAUAUGAAACUCCACUGUAGUUCUCGCAUGGCUCAAGAAGCACCCCUCAAAUUGGAAAACUUUCGUAGCUCAUAG